UAGAUUUUACAUGAGAAGCUUCUAGAGUCCUCUCCAAGCAACGACUAGAGCUGAUUAGAUAAGAAUUAGCCAGUAUUUCGUUCCGUUUUACAGCACGGCUGCAAAACAUAGCCUUUAAAAAUAUAUAAUAUUCGCAAAUUACUAGUAUUUAUAGAUGUUUCCGAAGUAUUGCUUGUGCAUGUCGAAAUCACCAAGUGAGUGAUGCCGAUGUUAGACACGCUACCAAGUAAGUGUAUCCCCAAGCAACGUAUAUAUCGACAAACAGUGUUAGUUGAUUAAAGAUUAGGUUGGAAGGAAGCUAGGGGUACCCAAACCAAAAUAGCACCAGUCCAUAAGUCUGUUUAUAUUUUACGAAAAAGCACCUACUAAACACUCAAUACAGAAAAAAAACCGAGAUUAUUUUCUCAUAUGGUAGUUUAUCAAUUCAAUCUACUAAAACUCCACACCUUGUUUGUUUACUUUACAGAUUGGAAUUCCGAGUUAGAUGUACCUUUUCAUGAACAUGUAUUUCUGGAAAACCACCUAAAUAAGGAACAUCUCAAGUGUAAACCAUUGGCAUCGUUCUUGGAACUUGUUUGCACCGGGCUUUCGAAAAACCCAUAUUUUAGUGUUGACGACAAAAAGCAACAUCUCGAGUGGUUUACACAGUUCUUUGACGAUAAGAUAACACGAAUAAAUGUUUCCAUAGAAGAAGAAGAACAUAUGACCAAUUUGGAGAAAAUCUCUAGAGGAACUUCAACAUAAUCUAUUAAUCUGUACUUUUAAAAUAAACUGUUCUCUGGG